AUGCCGAAAGCCACUCCUUCCUCGCACGCCCUCGCGAAGAACGCUAAAGACAAAAAACAUCGCACCUCUAAGAAGUCCGAGAAACGCGAAGUCCCCUCCAAAGUGCUGAGUACGGAAUUUGUCGAAGACAGUGGGGAUGAUUCAGCCUCUGACAGCGACGCCGAAUCUCUUCCCAAGAUACCUUCUAAAAGCGCUUUAACCAAUAAUGGGAAGCCGCCAGCACCGGAUGGUAGUGACAGCUCUAGCGAAAACGAUAGUUCCAGUCAAGAGAGUACCGAAGGUGAGGAGAGCGGCGCCGAAGAACAGGACGAUGAAGACGAGGAGGAAGUAUCCCAAACAGCAAAGGGCACAAAUAGUGUUCCUGCGCCUUCCGCUCCGCCUGUCGUUACUACAAGAGCGCCUGUUAAAUAUACCCCACCAACAGGCUUCGAAAAAACCACGGUAAAAGAUGUGGGGGCAGUUUCGGACGCUUUUAAGAAGUCGAACUUAGGUGGGAAACAGAUUUGGUAUUUUACGGCGCCAGCAUCUGUGCCUAUUUCAUCUAUCGAGAAUAUUUCUCUACUUGAUGUGAAAAACGGGGACACGGUAUAUUCUAAGGAUGGAGCUGACUACGGAUUUGCCAAGAGUAGUGAAAACGAUCCUGAGCAGAAUUCUGGCACCAUUCUCAUGAUCCCCUCCUCUACUAGCGAGGGGUACAAGACAGUUUCGAGGCCAAUUGACCAGGUACUUCACCUGAGACGAAUAGUCAGCUUACCCGGUGUGAACGAUUCCGGUUCGGCAUCUUCCAAAGCUACUGUACCUGCCAAGAAACCCGUCAGACAGCAACCCAAAGGCUUGAAAAUGAGGUUCUUGCCGAUAGGAUUUGGUGAAGGUGACGGUGGUAAACUGGGUUCUGAGUCUUCUGAAGAAUCCGAUGUUGAGAUGGUAGACGCAUCGAACAGCGUUCCAGCUGAACCCACCAAAACGCACAAAACAGACACAUCUUCUAAGAAGGAAGCGAGCCAUGGAAAGAAGAGAAGGCAUGAAGAAAAGUCUGGAAGGAAAGCAGAGAAGAAAUCCAAAAACAAAGCGGGGUCCGUUAUUUCAAAUAGCCAAAACAAGCAAGCUAUUAGCGUCAAUUAG